AUGUCAGCUCCAUCAUUUGUUCAAACCAGGGCACAGGCGCUUAAUCUUGAGAAGCAAACGGAAGCAUUAUUAUCCAAAUACUCAACAUUUCAAAAUACUUCAACUACAUCACCACUGGAUGAAGAAUCUAAUUUAGACCAUUCAAUUGAUGAAAUACUUUCCAAAAGAGAAGAAGUAAUUGGUUCAUUGGUAAGAAUAUCCGAAUCUGAUUUGUCACUCUCAACUUCAAAAUUACAACAAUUACAAAGACAUAAAGAAAAUUUAAAUGAACAGAAAAAGGCAUAUAAUAAAAUUAAAUCAAUAAUUAAGGAUGAUAGGAAUAGAAAUAAUUUAUUAUUUUCCGUUAGAUCUGAUAUUGAUGCACACAAACAGAGAAAUGUAAGUAGCUCACAUGGUGGACCUGCAUUGGAUUCAAAUGAUUAUAUCAAUGAUGAAAGAGUACGCGCAGAAAGUGCCAAUAAUUUUGCUGAAAGACUUCUUCAACAAGCAUAUAAUACAAGAGAUGAACUUUUAGCUCAAAGAAGUAUUUUAAAUAACGCACAACUGACCAUGAUGGGUACUAUUCAACUGAUUCCAGGGGUUAAUGUUUUGAUUUCUAAAAUUAAUACAAGACGUAAGAGAGAUACCGUUAUUUUGGCAUCAGUUAUUUCAUUUUGCAUAAUAAUAUUAUUCUUAUAUUAA